ACAAGUUCAUCAUCCAAUCCAAUAUCAUUAUCUCCACAAAUAUGGGGCAGUGGGCCGGACAAAAAAGGUCCGAAGAUAGAAGGAAGAAAAAGCAUAACCGCUGAUUCAAAAAGCGCUCUAGCUGAAAUCAAGAUUAACCGCUCACUUUCCUUUGACGCUAAAGCAGGUACGUAUAAAACGUUCAAACCCAACAUAACCAAAGUAAAAAAGAAAACAAAAAAAAUAUCUACAAAAUUUUCACAAAAUAUAUUUUCAUCUCAAUCUGCAUUAGCAUUCAAUCCUCAAAAGAUGCAGGACCAACCAGCGAGAAGAAGGCCAAGACCUCGACCUCUUGAGACCUCUGGUGCUACAAUACUCGCCACGUCUCGCGUCGUUUACACAAGAACCAAGACUUCGAAGAAUCCAGCCUCUUUCCUUGUCCAGAAACUCUUCCAGCUCGUUCUCUUCUUCUCGUCCAUGACAACUCCCUUUCAUCGCCACCUUCUCGCCAUUCUCUCCGUAGCCGAUGAUCACAUCCUUGCGUUGCAAGAAACGGUCGAAACAUACUUCCCUUCUUCCACCUUCGCCUUCCUCAAGAUAUCCGACUUGCUGCUCGCAUCAGAGUCUCUCCCCGAGAAACUCGACGCGGUUCUUGAGAGGCUUCCAUGUUUGAUGAGCAGAGCCGCGUGGCUAGACUGGAUCCUGAUCCACGCCAUUUAUUGCCUCGAUUCUCUUGUGAACGUGUUGGGACGUUGGAGAGAUAAGAACAAGGGGGCGAAUGAGAAAGAGAUUACGGUGGAUAGGAGUUUUAGCAGAACAGGAUCAAACUAUGAAGAGGAGCAGGAAGAAGAGAAGAUGAAGUUAGGGGACGAUGAGGGAAAAAAAGUGACGUACAAGGAGGCGUUACAGAGAGGAAGCAGCGGAGAAGAUGGUGGAGGAAGCACAGGUCGUAGCAGCAGCAGUGGCGGCGGCGAUCCUAUUAUGGAAAUGUUUGAGAACGGUUGGAUCACGAAGCCCAUCAAAAGAAGUAGCAGAAGCGCUGAUUCGCUCACAUGCUCUCGUUCUGAUUCCUACGAAACCACUACAUGAGAUGUCUUUUUAACUCUUUGUCUUUUUUUUUUUCUUCUGUAGCAAUAUAAGUUUGGUUCAACAACAACACAAACCAAUAAACUAUAUUGUCCUUGUCAACUUUUGUAACUUUUUAUGUUGAUAUCUUUGUAAUUAUCAUAUUCUACCACAA